AUAUCGACUUACGUAUCCCUUAUGUAUAUAUAUUUGUAUUUUCAAAUCAUAUAUGUCGCCGGCGUUUUUCAAGCUACGCCUCUACGAAUAUUUCAAAUAAAUAUCUAAAAAAUCUUUGUCCUUAAAGUUUUACCUUCGUUGGUGCUAUUCGAUUUUUUGAAAUGGGUUCCCAUCAAUAUCAAAUCGCUAAUCUUCUUGAAAAGAUGACGUCCAAUGAUAAGGAUUUUAGGUUUAUGGCCACAAACGAUUUAAUGACGGAGUUGCAAAAGGAUAGUAUCAAAUUAGAUGACGAGUCGGAGAAAAAAGUUGUAAGAAUGGUGUUGAAACUUUUGGAAGACAAAAACGGCGAAGUGCAGAAUUUGGCUGUUAAAUGUCUUGGACCCUUAGUGAACAAAGUUAAGGAGAACCAGGUAGAAACCAUUGUUGACUCCUUGUGUGCCAACAUGAUUUCAAAUACUGAACAACUACGAGACAUAUCUAGUAUUGGUCUCAAAACUGUAAUAUCAGAGUUGCCGCAGACAUCAAAUUCCCUUGCACCCAAUGUUUGCCAACGGAUAACUGGUAAAUUGAGCAAUGCUAUAGAAAAAGAAGAUGUCUCUGUGAAACUAGAAUCACUUGACAUACUAUCAGAUCUGCUAUCUCGCUUCGGAGAAUUACUUGUCCCAUUUCAUAAUACUAUUUUAAAAGCACUUGUUCCACAACUCUCUUCUCCGCGACAAGCUGUCCGCAAGCGCACAAUAGUUGCCCUAUCACAUUUGUUAACUCUAUCUAAUACGAACGCGUACAAUGGGGUUAUUGAACACUUGCUUAAUGGUAUGGAGGACGCUCAAAACCCUGCAAAUGUGCGAACCAAUAUACAGUGUUUAGCUGCAAUAUGUCGGCAGUCUGGCUUUCGCUUUUAUAUUCAUAUUGAUCGUGCAAUGACACUUCUUGAACAAUACAGUAAGCAAGAUGACGAUGAACUACGCGAAUUUUGUUUGCAAGCAUGUGAAGCAUUUAUUAUGCGAUGUCCAGAAGCAGUAAGGCCACACAUUCCAAUGAUUCUGCAAUUAUGUCUUAAAUAUUUAACGUAUGAUCCUAACUACAACUACGAAGCUGAUGAUAUUGAGAGUAAUAUAGCAAUGGAUACUGAAGAUGACGAAUACGAUGACAGUGAGGAAUACAGCGAUGAUGAUGAUAUGAGUUGGAAAGUACGAAGGGCCGCUGCUAAGUGUCUUGAAUCUAUAAUAAUCACUAGACAUGAUAUGCUGGAUGACUUCUAUCGUGAUUUAAGUCCAUCAUUAAUUGCUCGCUUCAAGGAACGAGAAGAAAACGUAAAAUCUGACAUUUUUCACGCUUAUAUUGCACUAUUGAAAAAUACACGUUCUGUGCUUGAAAUUUCUCAAGACCCAGAUUCAAUGGAGCAAAUGCCGUCACAUCUAUCAAUUUUAAUGGAACAAAUUCCAUUAAUCAUUAAAGCGACAUGUCCCUUGAUGAAAGAAAAAUCUAUGAAAACCCGACAAGAUUGUUUCUUACUUUUGCGUGAACUUCUAAUUGCCGUACCGGGUGCCUUGGGGCCACAUUUGACCAAUAUUGUUCCAGGAAUACAUUUUUCAUUGAAUGAUAAAAACUCUACGAGUAAUAUGAAAAUUGAAGCUCUCUCUUUUAUGUCAUCCUUACUACAGGGACAUCAGCCUUAUGUGUUCGCCUCGCAUAUUCCAGUUUUGGUACCAUUAGUUGUAACUGCAGUGUUUGAUCCUUUUUACAAAAUAGCUACUGAAGGAUUAAUUGUACUUCAACAGUUGGUACAGGUUAUUCGACCGCUUGGUAAUAAUGUUGCUUCAACUAAUAUGUUUGAUAUAACACCAGUUGCAAAUCAAAUAUAUUUAGCUACACUUCAAAAACUGAAAACAACAGACGUGGAUCAAGAAGUUAAAGAGAGAGCGAUUGCUUGUAUGGGACAGAUAAUUGCUAACAUGGGCGAUGUUCUACAACCACAACUAGACAUUUGCUUGCCAAUAUUUUUAGAACGUUUGAAAAACGAAAUUACUCGCCUCAGUUGUGUAAAGGCAUUAACAAUGAUAGCUGCAUCUCCACUAAGAAUUGAUUUAACGUCGAUUUUAAGUGAAGUCAUGCCGGCCCUGGGAACCUUCUUACGUAAGAACCAAAGGGCUUUAAAACUACACUCACUGGAUUUAUUAAAUAAGCUUGCCGAUAACUACCCAUUGGAUAUAUUUGGACCGCCAUUGUUACAAACCGCUAUUUCUGAAAUUCAACCGUUAAUUUCAGACUCGGAUUUACACGUUGCACAGUAUUCUUUGGUAUUGUUAACAACUACUGCUCGUAAACAUCCAAAAGCCUUAAUCGGAAUACACGAUUUGUUUUUACCAGCAGUUCUCCAAUUACUACGUUCUCCGCUGUUACAGGGGUCAGCUCUUAUAUGUACUCAUGAUUUAUUCCAAUCACUGGUACAAACAAAUCUUCCAGGGCUUGAUUAUCAAUCUUUGCUAAGGAAAUUGAUGGAACCGGUUACUUCUCCCUCGUCUGUUGCACCAUGCACUGCCGAUCAACUUCAUAAGCAAGCUUAUCAUUCUCUUGCAAAGUGUGUAGCCGCACUAACACAGCAGUGCCCUAAUGAAGCUAUACCCCUUGCAGCGCAGUUACUGCAAGAUCUUCAAAAGCCAAAUUCAAUUGCAGAUUCUCAACUUGUAUUUAACUUAUUAGCCAUUGGUGAAAUAGGAAGACAUUUUUCUUUGGACUCUAUUCCAGAUCUACCACAAACUAUAAUUGAAUGUUUUAGCGCCGGUUCGGAGGAUGUUAAGGGUGCUGCAAGUCAUGCUCUGGGUGCUAUUUCUGUAGGAAGCUUGGAGACAUUUUUGCCACUGAUACUUAACGAAAUUGAAGCACAACCAAGGCGACAAUAUCUGCUUCUCCACUCAUUGAAGGAAGUCAUAUCGUCACUAUCUGUAACACCAAACGGAUUGUCUCAAUUGCUACCAUCGGUACCGUCGAUCUGGGAACAAUUGUUUAAACAUUGUGAAUGCCCAGAAGAGGGAUCUCGUAAUGUCGUUGCCGAGUGUUUAGGCAAAUUGGUCCUUGUUAAUCCCGAGGAACUUUUACCUAGAUUACAAGAAGCUUUGAAAUCCGAUAGCCCUCUUAUGAGAACAGUUGUAGUAUCAGCAAUUAAAUUCACAAUAUCUGAUCAACCGCAGCAAAUAGAUUUGCUUUUAAAACAAAAUAUAGGAAAGUUCCUUUUCUUGCUUCGAGAUCCCGAACCUUCCGUGCGCCGUGUCGCAUUAGUGGCUUUCAAUUCAGCAGUUCAUAAUAAACCAAGUCUUGUGCGUGAACUCUUGCCGACUCUGUUACCAUGGCUAUAUUCGGAGACCAAAGUGAAGAAUGAACUUAUACGCGAAGUUGAAAUGGGCCCUUUCAAACACACGGUUGAUGAUGGCUUGGAUAUUCGUAAAGCAGCUUUUGAAUGCAUGUAUACUCUUUUAGAGCAAGGGUUGGAGCGAGUAGAUGUCAUGCAGUUUCUAGAUCAUGUCCAAGCAGGCCUUUGUGAUCAUUAUGACAUAAAAAUGUUAACAUAUCUAAUGACCGCUCGGUUAGCAGUUGUGUGCCCAGAUGCUGUUAUUCUGCGGCUUGAUCAAUUUAUACAACAAUUGAGGGAUACAUGCACACAUAAAGUGAAGGCGAAUUCCGUGAAACAGGAAUAUGAAAAGCAAGAUGAACUUAAGCGUUCUGCACUACGUGCAGUGUGGGCACUGUCCAAAAUACCAAAAGCAGAAAAAAACCAGCAACUAACUGAUUUUCUUAAAUCAAUCAACGAUUCCCCAGAACUCAGUAAAAUAUAUGAAUACGUUCAGAAGGACUCUCUUUCAAAUAAUUUGGAUUUUACGAUGGAUGAAAGCUAAAUUAAAGUUGUGUAUUACUUUUUUAGUAAUGUAAAGUUAUUUUUGGGUUUAAAUAAAUUAAUAAUUCAAAAUAAAUAAUUAACCCAUUUACUGUAAAAUAAUUUAAUAGAAAAGUUUAAUGAAUAUAAACAUAGCAGCCAGAGGAACCAGUACCCAUUUUAUGCGAAUAGUUCUAAUAAAACAUUUUUUAUUCACACAUUGUUUAAUUUUUUUAUUUUUCUUCUCGUUUGUAACACCUGUUCUCACCUCAAUAUGCCUGACGGAUUCUGGUAAGCAAUUUAAUACGCUAACUGGCGCCAAACAAGGGAGAACAAUUAAUAAGACUCUGAAUGAAUAAAAUGAAAAAUAAAAUUUAAAAUGUUUGUAAAACAUCAGCAGAACAUCUAUAUAGCCUGGGAAGGAAGCGAUCAAAUCAGCCACUAAGUCAACCAGCCAGCUAUUUGUGAAGUCUAUCAAUCGAACUUCCAGCACAUGUAGUUACACAGCUAAACUAUAAUAUAUUUAGAGUAGUUUGGUCGUGAAAUUUUACAAUCUAAAUGUCAGAGGAAUAUGUAGAAUUGUCGAUGGGAGAGCAAAUAAGAACACUUGUAGAUUCGGCUAUCCAAGCAGCUUCAGCUGUCAAUCAAUUGAAACCAACCCUAUUGCCUUACAAGACAUUGAUGACUUAAGAAAAAACAGUGGCUUGAUCAAUUUAUACAACAAUUGAGGGAUACAUGCACACAUAAAGUGAAGCAGCCAGAGGAACCAGUACCCAUUUUAUGCGAAUAAUUCUAAUAAAACAUUUUUUAUUCACACAUUGUUUAAUUUUUUUAUUUUUCUUCUCGUUUGUAACACCUGUUCUCACCUCAAUAUGCCUGACGGAUUCUGGUAAGCAAUUUAAUACGCUAACUGGCGCCAAACAAGGGAGAACAAUUAAUAAGACUCUGAAUGAAUAAAAUGAAAAAUAAAAUUUAAAAUGUUUGUAAAACAUCAGCAGAACAUCUAUAUAGCCUGGGAAGGAAGCGAUCAAAUCAGCCACUAAGUCAACCAGCCAGCUAUUUGUGAAGUCUACCAAUCGAACUUCCAGCACAUGUAGUUACACAGCUAAACUAUAAUAUAUUUAGAGUAGUUUGGUCGUGAAAUUUUACAAUCUAAAUGUCAGAGGAAUAUGUAGAAUUGUCGAUGGGAGAGCAAAUAAGAACACUUGUAGAUUCGGCUAUCCAAGCAGCUUCAGCUGUCAAUCAAUUGAAACCAACCCUAUUGCCUUACAAGACAUUGAUGACUUAAGAAAAAACAGUGGCUUGAUCAAUUUAUACAACAAUUGAGGGAUACAUGCACACAUAAAGUGAAGGCGAAUUCCGUGAAACAGGAAUAUGAAAAACAAGAUGAACUUAAGCGUUCUGCACUACGUGCAGUGUGGGCACUGUCCAAAAUACCAAAAGCAGAAAAAAACCAGCAACUAACUGAUUUUCUUAAAUCAAUCAACGAUUCCCCAGAACUCAGUAAAAUAUAUGAAUACGUUCAGAAGGACUCUCUUUCAAAUAAUUUGGAUUUUACGAUGGAUGAAAGCUAAAUUAAAGUUGUGUAUUACUUUUUUAGUAAUGUAAAGUUAUUUUUGGGUUUAAAUAAAUUAAUAAUUCAAAAUAAAUAAUUAACCCAUUUACUGUAUAAUAAUUUAAUAGAAAAGUUUAAUGAAUAUAAACAUAACAGCCAGAGGAACCAGUACCCAUUUUAUGCGAAUAAUUCUAAUAAAACAUUUUUUAUUCACACAUUGUUUAAUUUUUUUAUUUUUCUUCUCGUUUGUAACACCUGUUCUCACCUCAAUAUGCCUGACGGAUUCUGGUAAGCAAUUUAAUACGCUAACUGGCGCCAAACAAGGGAGAACAAUUAAUAAGACUCUGAAUGAAUAAAAUGAAAAAUAACAUUUAAAAUGUUUGUAAAACAUCAGCAGAACAUCUAUAUAGCCUGGGAAGGAAGCGAUCAAAUCAGCCACUAAGUCAACCAGCCAGCUAUUUGUGAAGUCUACCAAUCGAACUUCCAGCACAUGUAGUUACACAGCUAAACUAUAAUAUAUUUAGAGUAGUUUGGUCGUGAAAUUUUACAAUCUAAAUGUCAGAGGAAUAUGUAGAAUUGUCGAUGGGAGAGCAAAUAAGAACACUUGUAGAUUCGGCUAUCCAAGCAGCUUCAGCUGUCAAUCAAUUGAAACCAACCCUAUUGCCUUACAAGACAUUGAUGACUUAAGAAAAAACAGUGGCUUGAUCAAUUUAUACAACAAUUGAGGGAUACAUGCACACAUAAAGUGAAGGCGAAUUCCGUGAAACAGGAAUAUGAAAAACAAGAUGAACUUAAGCGUUCUGCACUACGUGCAGUGUGGGCACUGUCCAAAAUACCAAAAGCAG